AAAAUAAAUGUAAAACCCUAAACCCUAAAUCAUACCGCAGCCAUUGUUAUUUUUGUGGUCUGUAUAAAGGCAGCGCCUCUAAGCCAAAAUCCCUAACAAUUCCUCUUCGUCUUCAUCCCCACUUCUCGCCGGAGAUACAAAGAAUUUUAUCAGCAGAAUGAAGAACCCAAAGGUUUUCUUCGAUAUACUGAUCGGAAAGGCGAAAGCCGGCCGAGUGGUGAUGCAGCUAUACGCCGACACCACGCCGAAAACUGCCGAAAAUUUCCGAGCUUUGUGCACCGGCGAAAAGGGAAUCGGAUCUUCCGGCAAGCCCUUACAUUACAAGGGAUCUAAAUUCCACCGCAUUAUUCCAGAUUUCAUGUGCCAAGGCGGCGACUUUACCAGGGGUAACGGCACGGGUGGAGAAUCGAUUUACGGCGAGAAAUUCGCCGAUGAGAAUUUCACUAAAAAGCAUGUGAAGCCAGGGUUGCUAUCCAUGGCGAAUUCGGGGCCCGGUACAAAUGGGUCGCAGUUCUUUAUAACGACCGCAAAGACAGGGUGGCUCGACGGGAAGCACGUUGUGUUUGGAGAAGUAGUGGAUGGGUACAGUGUUGUGAAGGAGAUGGAGAAGGUUGGUUCUCAGUCCGGUACGACUUCCGCCCCGGUUGUUAUUGAAGAUUGUGGUGAGAUUAAUGAGGAUUAGGGUUAAUUAAUCUUGUUAAUUUGUUUAAGCUGGUUGUUAUGUAUAUCGUUUAAGCUGCGGUUUUUUGAAGCUUAUUAACUCAAUAAAGUAUGGUCCAUUUGCUUUAUUUGCUUGAGGAAAGUUCU